ACUUUGCCGUUGUGUUGGCAGUAUUUGCCCCUUCCUUUCUUCUUUUGCGCCGCUCCUUUGGGCAGAACUGCGAGAGAACGUGAUCGAUCGAAUUUCAAAAAAGGCACUCGCCUACCCCUGUGCUCCCGUGAUCACGAAAUUACUCUAAAAUCUCCUGAUAUUAAAUUCAGGAGUUAGUGUUUCGUGAUUAUUCCAUUCCGUGUGUGAUCCUGUAGAUUUUCACCUCGACGCCGCGAGGCAAUUAAGUACAUAGUGAGCCCACCUCAUUGAACAAAAUGUCGAACCUCGCUGACCCGGUCGCGUUCGCGAAAGAUUUCAUCGCCGGCGGUGUUUCUGCUGCCGUCUCCAAAACCGCAGUAGCGCCCAUCGAGCGUGUCAAGCUGCUGCUCCAGGUUCAGCAUGUGAGCAAGCAGAUCACCGAAGACCAGCGCUACAAGGGUAUCAUCGAUGCCUUCGUCCGCAUUCCCAAAGAGCAGGGUCCGCUCUCGUUCUGGCGUGGUAACCUUGCCAACGUCAUCAGGUACUUCCCGACCCAGGCCCUCAAUUUCGCCUUCAAAGACAAGUACAAGCAGGUGUUCCUUGGUGGAGUAGACAAGAACACGCAGUUCUGGCGCUACUUCGCCGGUAACUUGGCCUCAGGUGGUGCCGCCGGUGCUACCUCCCUCUGCUUCGUGUACCCACUGGACUUCGCGCGUACGCGUCUCGCCGCUGACGUCGGCAAAGGCUCUGACAAGCGAGAAUUCAGCGGUCUCGGCAACUGCCUCACCAAAAUCUUCAAAUCCGACGGCCUCGUCGGUCUCUACAGAGGGUUCGGUGUAUCUGUACAGGGUAUCAUUAUCUACCGCGCCUCAUACUUCGGAUUCUACGACACCGCCCGUGGCAUGUUGCCCGACCCCAAGAACACACCCAUUGUCAUUAGCUGGGCCAUCGCGCAGACUGUAACGACUGUCGCUGGAAUCAUCUCAUAUCCCUUCGACACAGUCCGUAGGCGCAUGAUGAUGCAAUCUGGUCGUGCUAAGGCCGAUAUCCUCUACAAGAGCACUAUCCACUGCUGGGCCACCAUUGCCAAAACUGAGGGAGCCAACGCCUUCUUCAAGGGAGCAUUCUCCAAUGUCCUCAGAGGUACGGGUGGUGCCUUUGUGCUUGUCCUGUAUGAUGAAAUCAAGAAAGUCCUAUAAAUUACAUGUAAAAAAUUGUUACCAUAAUUUCAAUUUUAAUGUGAUUCUGAAUCACCAGUAAUAGCCAGCCCUCUUAAAUUGUAUUAUUAGAAGUGGAAAUCAAGUCUAGUAAUUUAUUUUUAGUUGAAUAAAGUGUUGUACAUUGAUUCCAAAAUGUAUUUUUAUUGAAAUUGUUGUUUCAAGUGUUACAUAACUGUGUUAGGUAACCAUUUUCUGAACUGUGGCAAGUACCUGGCAUUAAAGUGAAGAAAUAAAUCAUGAAAGAAAAGUAAUUGUGCUAAAUUUAAAUUGAUAUAGUUCCAUUUUUAAAAGGUUUUUUCUUAUGUCAUGCUGCAGUGUUAUGUAACAACAGGGCCAAGGCUAAAUUGGAUCAAAUGCCAAUAACUAUCAUAGCUAUGAUGUGAAUGUUAUUUUAUCAUUAUUUUCAAUCAAUGUCAAAAUAAGAUUAAUCAAUUUUAUGUGAUGUUGUUGGAAGAAACAUUUACUUUGUUUUAGAAGUGUACUACACCACAAUCUACUUUAUUAUCUAAAUGCUUGUGUAAUGCUCACUUUGAUGCUGUGAAUUAUAUUUCACUUAUAAUGUAGUGUACAAUCCAGAUUUAGGUAACAUUCAAAUGUAUCUAGGCAAUAUAAGCAUAGCUCAAUGCCAUUGAGCAAUGUUUCCUCGGUAUGAUUUUUUCCCUAGAAAAAUUCAUACAUUACGAGCGCGAUUAAAAUAUAGUAAUGUUAAAAAUAA